AUGGAUAAGAUCAAAGUUACACAAGAAUUGGCUGAUCAAUUAAAGACAACUUUAAUGGAUGUACAACAACCAAUUGCAAAGAGAUUCAGAGCUUUGUUCACAUUAAGAAACCUUGGUGGUUCACUUUGUAUAGAUGCAAUGACUGAAGCAUUGAAAGAUGAUUCAGCAUUACUUAGACAUGAAAUUGCAUAUUGUUUGGGUCAAAUGACAGAUAAUCGUGCAUUGGACGUUUUAAUUGAAUUGGUAAAGAACACUACUGAACAUCCAAUGGUACGUCAUGAAGCUGCCGAAGCUUUGGGUGCUAUUGCCGAUCCAAGAGCGUUUGAUAUCUUGAAGGAAUUCUCUGCAGAUGAAACCAAAGAGGUUGCUGAAACUUGUCAAUUGGCUGUUAGUAGAGUAGAUUGGUAUACAAAGAAUGAACCAGAAUCAAUUGAUAACAAAACCUAUUUAUCAGUUGAUCCAGCACCAGCUCUUGGUAGUGGUGUAUCAUUUGGGGCAGUAAAGGAUCAAUUUUUGGAUGGUGAUUUGGAUAUUUUCAAUAGAUAUAGAGCAUUGUUCUCAUUGAGAGAUAUUGGUGAUGAAAAGUCAGUAUUGGCACUUUGCGAUGGUUUCAAGGACAAGAGUGCACUCUUGAAACAUGAAGUUGCCUUUGUUUUGGGUCAAUUACAACACCGUGCUGCUUUACCAGCAUUGACAGAGGUCUUGUUGGAUGAAAGUGAAUCUGCAAUGGUACGUCAUGAAGCUGCCGAAGCUUUGGGUGCCAUCGCUAGCACUGAAACCAUCCCAUUGUUGGAACGUUUAACAAAGGACAAAGAAGCAAUCGUCAGUGAAAGUUGUGAAAUUGCUUUAGAUGUAACAGACUAUUUUAAUAAUACCGAAGAGUUCCAAUACGCAGACGGAAUUAAAUUAUUAUCUGAAAAAUCUAAUCCUCAAAUCUCAAAUUAA